AUGAUGUGUUCCACUAUUUCAUCAUCUAAUCCUUCAAUUUUACCGACUUUUACUUGUGAAAAUACUACUGGAGAAUGUCAGAUAUUAACACCAGAUACUUCUCUAUGUCCAAAGUCGCCUACAAAACGUCCGUGUCGCGACCAAAGUGAAUUAGUAGUAAAUAAAACAAAACGAUUAUGUAACAGUACACGAACAUCCUUUUCUGAAUUAAGAGUUGAUGAAACAAAACAUAAAACUAUUGACAACCCUUCUUAUCGGCAAACAACAAUAUCAACACCAUCAACAGUAACGUCAAAUUCAAAAAAACCUUCACCAUCUAUUCUAGAAUGGCUGUCACAAUUUAAUCAAAUGGCGUCGGAUGAUCGAACAUCAGCCAUUGAUUUAUUUAUUAAAAAUUGUUCCAGUGAUACAUCUCAGUUAAAAUAUUUACGAAAUAAAAUUGAACCAUAUUUUCAACGUGAUUUUAUUCGAGAUUUGCCAAGAGAACUUGCAUUACAAGUAUUAAGAUAUUUAGUAGCUUCUGAUUUGUCACGAGCAUCACGUACAUGUCGUGUGUGGAAUGAAAUAAUUAAUGAUGUAUUAUUGUGGAAACGUUUAUGCCAAAAUCAACAAAUACAAUAUAAAGAUAAACCUUGUAUAUUUGACAAUUUAAUAACAAAUCCAUGGAAACGUUCGUAUGCCUGUUAUCAACAUUUAAUUCAUACAUGGAAUAAAGGACAAUUACCACACUCAAGAUAUUUUCGAGGACAUGAAGAUUUUGUUAUCACAUGUCUUCAAUUCGAUGGAAAACGUAUUGUGUCCGGUUCUGAUGAUAACACACUGAAAAUUUGGUCAGUUGAAACAGGCGAAUGUGAAAAAACAUUAACUGGUCAUAAUGGAGGUGUAUGGUGUAGUGAAAUGACGGAUAAUUUAGUCGUAAGUGGAAGCACAGAUCGAACAAUUCGUGUGUGGGAUGCUGAAACGGGUGAAUGUAAACAUGUUUUAUAUGGUCAUACGUCAACCGUUCGAUGUUUAGCAUUGUACAAAGAUUUUGUUGUAUCGGGUUCACGUGAUGCAACUGUUCGUAUUUGGAAUAUAAUCACAGGUGAACGAUUACAUACAUUGGCUGGUCAUACAGCCGCUGUUAGAUGUGUUUGUUACAAUGGAAAGUAUGUUGUGUCGGGUGCCUAUGAUCAUACAAUACGCGUAUGGAUACCAGAAAAUAAACGUUUAGUACAUGUAUUAGAAGGACAUACAAAUCGAGUUUAUUCACUUGUGUUCGAUAGUAAACAUAUUGUUAGUGGUUCAUUAGAUUGUUCCAUUCGCGUAUGGGAUGUUGAAAGUGGUACAUGUUUACAUCAUUUAACUGGUCAUUUAUCGUUGACAAGUGGGAUGCAAUUACGUGGAAAUAUUUUAGUAUCUGGAAAUGCUGAUUCAACAGUUAAAAUAUGGGAUAUCGAAUCAGGAAAAUGUUUACAUACUUUAUCUGGUCGAAACAAACAUUUGUCUGCUGUCACUUGGGUACAAAUUGUGUUGAAUUAUGUUGUUAGCUCGGGUGAUGAUGGAACAGUUAAAAUAUGGAAUUUAGAAACCGGAGAUUUUAUAAGAAAUUUAAUGGAAUUAGAAUCAGCUGGAAGCGGUGGUGUUGUUUGGAGAAUAAAAUGCACAAACUCUGCACUUGUUUGUGCUGCUGGCAGUCGUAAUAGUACGGAAGAUACAAAAGUUAUCUUACUGGAUUUUGAUCGUACAACAUCUUUGAAUAAUGACGAAAAUAGUAACAGCAAUAGUAGUUCUAUGAGUACAACAGGCGCCAUCCUUACCACAAACCCACUCCACAAAAACGAUCGUAUUAAUUCGGAUGAUGAAAUGUCAGUGACAACAAAUCCUUCAGCAUCUUCAUUAAUUCCUAUGUCAUUAACAUUAAAUGAAUUUCAAUCAGCUAUUCGUUUUAUUCAAAAGUUAUCUCAAAAACUGGGAGAUCAUUGGCAAAUAGUUGAUCCUUCUCCAAUUCAUUAUCCUUAUUUAGUUUAUAAAAUUGUUCAAAAACGUUCUAACAAACAAGAAAAAGAAGACUAUCUUCAAUACGAAUAUCAUGUUAUUUAUAAUGAAAGUUAUUCGGUACCAAUGAUUUAUUUUAAUGUGUCAAAUUUAAAUGGUUCUCUACUUAGUCUAAAAGAGAUAUGGGAAUUAUUUUCAUAUAAUAAUAGUUCACCAUCGUUGAAUAUGUAUGAAACUAUAACACAACAAGAACAUCCAGUAUUAAAUCGACCAUUUUACGCGUUACAUCCGUGUCAUACAGAAAAAUUGUUAAAACAAUUGAUUGCAUCAAAUAUAGUACAAAAUUCAAACCAAUAUUUAAUUGCUUGGCUAAGUUUAUUUGGACAAUCAAUUGGUUUACCAUUUAUACCGAAUUAUGCAAUAGAAAAUGGUAAAUCAUAUUAA